AUCAAUUUCUGGGCUAGGGUGGGUCCUGGUGGGCUCUGAGUUAGGGCAGCCUCAACCAGAGCUCCCUGCCACAGCAGGGAGACCUCAGGGUUGGCUGAGCUUGGGGUUGUCCCCACAGUAGGUGACAUGGCAGAAGCAACAUUUGGAGGCAUUCAUAGGGAAUUGGUCUCUACUGCACUGGAGUGCUGAUUUCAGUCCGUUUGCCCAACUUCUCUCCUACAUGCCCAGCUGGCCAUUAGCCUCCACCCCCAGGCGCUGCCCGCCGGCUGUUCCCUGCAGCUUUGUCGGCUCUGCCACGCGAGCUGCCCGAGGGCAUGGAUGUAUCUUCUGCUUCCUCGUCCCAUUCAAGGGAGGCCCUCCAGGUCACACUCGACGAUGUCGCUCUCUGUGCGACCCCAACGUCGUGUCCUCGCCGCCAGGAUCAAUAGGAGCCAGUCGUUUGCUGGGGUGAAUUCAACGCAGGACAAGGCCUUCAGGAACCUCCCUGCCUUCAGCACCCCCACGGUCUCCCGGAAGUCUGGCUCCCGAGUCAGUAGGAUGUUCUCAAUGUCCCACAAAUCCCCACCACCCAAGGUGCCACAGCCUGACCGACUAGACGAGGUGUACGAAGCACUGAAGAAGGGCCUGACAGCCUAUCUGGAGGUGCACCAGCUGGAACUGGAGAAACUCAGCACCCAGAUCCGAGAAUCCAAGAGGAAUUCCCGCCUGGGCUUUCUCUAUGACCUCGAUAAGCAAGUCAAGUCAAUCGAGCGGUUCCUGCGGCGGCUGGAAUUCCAUGCUAGCAAGAUUGACGAGCUCUACGAGGCAUACUGCAUCCAACGGCGGCUCCGCGAUGGGGCCCACAACAUGGUCAAGGCGUAUACAGCUGCUUCCCCAGGCAGCAGAGAAGCACGUGAGAGCCUGGCUGAGGCCAGCAAAGGCUACAAGGAGUACACAGAGAAUAUGUGCCUGCUGGAGAGUGAGCUGGAGAGUCAGCUGGGGGAGUUCCAUGUGAAGAUGAAAGGACUGGCUGGGUUUGCAAGGCUCUGUGCUGGGGACCAAUAUGAGAUCUUCAUGAAAUACGGGCGCCAGCGGUGGAAGCUAAAGGGGCGCAUCGAGGUGAAUGGGAAGCAGGUGUGGGACAGUGAGGAGAUGGUGUUCCUGCCCCUCAUCACAGAGUUUCUCUCCAUCAAGGUGACGGAGCUCAAGAGCCUGGCCAACCACGUGGUGGUUGGCAAUGUCUCAUGUGAGACCAAGGAUCUGUUUGCGGCACUGCCCCAGGUGGUGGCAGUGGACAUCAAUGACCUGGGCACUAUCAAGCUCAGCCUGGAGGUGACCUGGAACCCCUUUGACAAGGAUGAUCAGCCUUCUGCUGCCAGCACGGUCAACAAAGCCUCCACUGUGAACAAGCGAUUCUCCACCUACAACCAGAGCCCACCCGACACGCCCUCCCUGCGGGAGCAGGCCUUCUAUAGCACAGCACGGGCAGCCACCAACAAGCACAGGUGGUCUUUGCUGGACAUCUUCCGUGAGACGCUCCUCGAGAAGCUGUCUCGGAGCUGCUCCUGCAGUGAUGUCUCCUCAGUCGAACUUGGGAGAUGUCCACGGCAGGGCUCUAACAUGCUGCGGCGACAGGAAGAGCUGGAAAAUGGCACAGCCUGGUCCAUCUCGUCAGAGUCGUCGGACGAUUCCUCUAGCCCCCAGCUGUCAGGCAGCACCCGCCAUGCCUCCCACAAACCCAUUGUGCAGCCUGAGGUACAGGCCUCUGCUCCCGCCAUAGAGAUUUCCUUCUCCCAGCAAGAGGAAGCAGGAGCAGGCACCCCUGCUGCGGCUGAACCACCCAAUCAGCAAGAGGAGCCAUGCUGUGUCAGAAAGGAGGUGGUGGCAAAUGGACACGUGCCCUACUCCCGGACUCUGAGCCAAAUCAGCGAGGCCAGCGUUGAUGCAGCAAUGGAUGGCAGGGAGCUCCAGGACACAGGGGGUGCUAGUGCCCAUGUGCAGGAGGCUUCUCCAGCCUCUGAGGACUCCAGUGCCAGGGAGCUGCCUCUUUUAGAAAUGAACUCCCUCCCUGGGGCCUCAAAUCCAAUGCCAGAGACCAGGGUGAGGAAGGACAGAGGGCAGGAAGCUAAGCCCCACGCGGCUGUUUCUUGGGCUGAGGCCUGUGUGCCCAUACUGGUGCAACCCGAAACAGCCUUGUGCCAAGCCCUAGCACCCCAGGGGUGCAAGGCGGACCCAAGUCAGCCAGUAGUGUUGAAGCAGGUCUUGGAGGAGGAGAGACCAACCCCUGUGCCCGCAGAGGUGCCAAGGGUGAAACCUGUGGACUCUGGCCUGGAUGAGGCCAUCAGCUCACUGAGCUCAGCCCUGGAUGACUACCGGGGACAGUUCCCUGAGCUGCAGCCCUUGGAGCGGGAGCUGAAACGCCUGGAGGAGAUCCUCAUGCACAAGCAGGGCGUCUUCCUCAGCCGUGCCUCCAGCAUGAGCCUGACGGUGGAGCAUGCGCUGGAGAGCUUCAGCUUCCUAAACACCUCUGACAUGGAUGACUCAGAGUGCUCGGAGGAAGAAGGUGGCAGGAGCGAGAGGAAGGCUGGUGAUGCCCGAGCUGGGGAUGGGGCUCUAGGCACCUGUGAGGUGAUGGCUGAGGACACUGGCAUCUGCAGCGGCUCUGAGGGAAGCACUGACCCCAUGAGCACUGGCAAUGAGUUCCUGGACAGGGCUCUGGUUCUUCAUCUCAAUAACUGCAACCUUCUGCUGCUGAAACUGGGCACGUUUGGCCCCCUGCGGUGCCGGGAGAUGUAUGCCCUGGACAAGCUGAUGAGGGAGGCACAGGUGCUGGAGGUCGUCUGCCAGCUGACAGAGGAGAAGUCAGGGGCAGCUGGCACAGCCAUGGAAGUGGUGCAAUUCUCCACCCGGAAGGAAGGUGUGUUGCCCUUCUGGGAUCGCUGUGUGGAGCUGCCCAAUGUCUACACCUGUCCUGUAGAGAGGUUUCUACAGGCACUCAGUGCCCAGUACACUGUGCCCAUCAGUGAGCGGCAGCUGGGCUUGGCAGACUCAGUCUGUGUGAAGCUGGUGGAGGAUGUGCUGGAUCGUCGGCUGCCCAAGCGGCCUGGGAGCAGCCAUGGGGAACAGGUCACCAUCUUCCAGUACUGGAGCUACUUUGAGUCAUUCAGCAUAGAGUCCCUGGAUUCCUAUGUUAUAGAGCUGGCUGAGGAAGUACUGCUGGCACAGAACCUGAACUCAGAUGACCAGGAUGUGGUGCUGAAGGCAUUGAAGCGAGUACCCGAGAGCCGGCUUAAGAAGGAGGGGCUGAAGGCCUUGAGCUCACUGCUUGUGGAGGGCAACAGCAAGGUCAUCAGUGCUGUGUCUGCUCAGCUGCGCAGCCUGGCAGAAAACCCCCGCUUCCAGGAAAGAGCUUUGGUCUGUUACUUGGAACAGCUAGAAGAUGAAGAGGUGCAGACACGCAUCGGUGGGUGCGCAGCCCUGGGGUGUCUCAAGGCCAAAGAGAGCAUUGAGCAGCUGGUGUAUCUGUGCCAAACUGACAAGGAAGAUGUGCGGGAAGCAGCCAAGCAAAGCCUGAUGCUGUGUGGCAGUUGCCAGUGCAAGCACCAGAGGCAGCCAACCACCCAAACUGAGCCCCACCAAUGGAGCUGUCAGGAGAAAUGCCUGUUCCUUGCCUCGCCAUCUGCAUGAAGCUGAGAAGGAAGCCAUGUGUGUAUGGAACAAGGACGACGAUAGGCCCAACUUGUAUAGGGUGUCAGCAACAUGGCAGGGGCAACAGCUGGAGAGUGAGUAUUUUUCUGCUUAUAACUCACCCACCAACAGCUCCUUUGUGUUAGUGAGUUGCAGGGUGCAGACCUGUGUCAAAAACCUGUCUGAGAAUAGCACAGGAAUGCAUUUGGGCCAUCUUCUUUAAGGGCAUGCAGUAGCAGCUGAUCAUGAGGUUCUUGCCUCAACUCUGUGGUCUCCACAUCAGUCUUGCAAUCUAAUGGAAAUCCCAGCACACAAAGCUCUUUGUGGAAGGGUUCAGAGCCAGGGUUAUCUUAAGGCUUGUUCUUUUGCCAAAGAAACCUUCUUCUGACCAAGAACAUGAACCUCAGCCACUCAAAUAAUGGGUCUUAGAGCCACAGCAGCUGGCUCUAUAUUCCCAAUAUUAGUGGUAUGAGCCAGACUCUUGGAUACCAAUGUGCAGGCUGGCUUGUACUUGUGGGAACCAGCAUCUAGUAAAGCUUUAACCCCUUUCUUCCACCAUACUGAGCUUUCUGCAGUGCUCAGGGACAUGAGGAAAGCUGUGCAGUCCCAGCAUGUGACCCUGGGAAGGAUGAUGGGGAGGGGAGUGGCUGGAGUUCUUACUAGUCAUCCCUUACGUUCUUUCCAGAAGGAAAAAUGUAACUUCCAUCAACUGGCAGAGGUCCUCCAUAUCUCAGAUAGCUGGUGUUUAUGUUGUAGCUCAGUUUUCAAACAACAGCAUCAACUCAAAUGGAAUUGUAUUGGGAACACUUAUUCUAUACUUGCUUUAAGUUAGUGAUAGGCUGUUCUGAAACAGGCAUUCUUCAGGUGUGUUGGCAACUUGGACAUGGCAGGACUGAAAGCCAGGACAAGAACUAAUUGCAGAAAUGUGUCCUUUGGGCUGUGGGAUGUCCUGCAAAGAACCAGGACAGUAACAGUAAUUGGGGUGACUGGAUUCAAGAACUUUGUGCUUUCAGAGCAAAGUCUGCUUUCACUAUUUGGCCUUAACUUGUCACCUUAAACAAUGUUAGUGCCUCUUCUUUGAAAGGCAAAAGUAGAUUUCUCCCUUCUCUGAACUCCAUAAAAGCUAAAAGGAUCUUGCAUAAACCUAGAAAAAUAAUAGCCAGCAGGCAGAGACUGAGCCUGGAAAUCCAUCCUCUAAAAGGGUGUUGGUUCAGCAUGGUGGGAACAAGAAAGAUUGGAUUGGAUGCUGCCCUAACUCUUAAGGCUGCUGCUAUCCAGACCUGAGAUUACUGAUAGGAAUCUAGGUUAUGCAUGGGAAACGAGAGGCAGUUCUUUGGUGACAGAAUGCAAAAACCUUUGCUUUCUCCCAUGCCUUGAGCAGCAGACAAGUGCAGGUGGCUCAGUCUAUUUAGAUAUCUGAGCACUGCCCCUUAUCAAUAUUAAGAGGCAGACAGGGCUGCACCAGGCUCUGACCAACUGCAGUCAUGGCAGAGUGGUUGAGUGUGUUAGUCAUGUUUCCUUGCCCAUCUGCCUGGUGUAGAACAGAGGAAGGCAUGUUAAAGGGGAUAGAAAGAUGGGACUUUACAACUGAGAUCCAACCACAAAACUCUUCUCUCCCCCCAGCUGAUAGUCAUUUGUGAGCCCUUUAAGUCUCAGACUUCUCCACAGCUCCUAGGAAGCAUGGACCUCUUCCUCCACCCCACCCCACCCCAUGUGUUGCUUUCCCAGCGUACCUAUGCUCUAGGAUAGGAAUACUCAGUGGUAUCCUGGCAGUCAUGGUUAAUCCUUGAAGAGGAGCCAGGAUGAGACUUCCCUCCAGUUUUAAACUUUCUGUCUCCUAGAAGUUUCAUCCUUCUGUAGCAAUCCUCAUUCACUAAUAGAAAACAAGACUGUUGUGAAGGUGAAGCUGAAGCUGUUCUCCCUUCAUAUUUUGCCUUUGAACUCACUCUCCACUCCCCAAUUGGGAUCUCCCAGUUUCUGCUGCUGAAAGAAACCCCUUAAAAAUGUGUUAAAUUGCUCUGCUGCGUAUGUUGUGUGCCUGAGGCUCCUGGAAGUGGUCCCGGAAAUGCAGUUUCUUUCCUCUGUGCAUCUGACAAUCUUUGGUGCCCAUCUGUAUCAUUGUUUCUGUUGUAAAUUCAGUCAGUUCCCUCUUCUUCCUGAGGGUCUCACAACCAGGGGGAACAUGUUUAAAAACAGAAAUGGAGCUGCAAAGCCACAAACUGAUAGAUGUCAAAUCACCCAUGUCCAAUCAAACAACUGUUAAGAAAAAACAAAACUUCCUAACUGUAAGAGCAGUUCUCAACCUUGUCAGAGUCCCUCCCCAAGUUUUCUGAAUGUGGUGGCAGCCCUGAUUGAGAACAACUGUUGUGUUCAACUUGCUUCAGAGAUGCUCAACCAGGUGUUGCCACCUCCAGGUAAAACUUUCCCGUGCUCCUGCUGUGCAGCCAGACUGGGAAGGGCUGUGGCACAUGCUUGUGUUCCUGCUGCAUUAGAUUACUCUGGUAAGCCUAAAGCAGGAAGGACAGCAAGCUCAUGUUCCAGCCCUUCCCGGCCUGACAUCACAGCAUCUUCCAGCAACAGAGGCAGGCAGAACUGUCCUAUGUGCCUGUUUCCAGGAAGAAUAGGGAGGGAGCCAUAGGGAGAGCUGCAGCCUGAUUCGACUCUACCUAAUGCAAGAGGAGCAUGUGCAUACUGCUGCCCUGCCCAAGGGGCAAUUUUACCUGGUCCCUGCAACCACAUGGUGGCAUCUGCAUUACAGCAACCCUGACAGGGGUCUCAUGACAUCCCAGGGUGCUGCAGCACCCUGAGAACCGCUGCCUUGGAGCAAAACAAGUCAUCAUCACACAGUUAAGACUAUUACUAGACCCAAGUUUUCCUAAAUUCAUGUGCUUUUCUCAAAGAUGCAAAUAAUAGGUGGUCUUGAACAAAUGAUACUUCUUUCCCUGAAAAGAGCAAAACCUGUAUCAGUGGCACAGUGAGUUAACUAACCAGAGCAGGGUGUUCCAGACUAGGUGUUUCCAGAGAGAAAAAAUGUUAACGUGUAAAAGUUAAGAGGCAGAGACAUCCAUACAAGCCCUUAAAAACAAGGGAAUGUCACAUGACGUUAUUUUAUCUGUAUACUUGCCAUUCACUGAGACUAGCCCUCUGUAUAGAAGACCCAGAGAUUACCCAUUGCUUAUUAUUGCUAUGUAACAGUUCUCUGCAACAUCAUCAUACCUUAGAUGUUUGUGCAGCAGUGAACUGAUGACCUGUGUGCAUGGGGAAGCAGAUGGUCAGUUAGUGUUGUAUUGUGACUGGAUGGUGAGGAAUACAAUUUGUAUACUGCUACUGUACUCACUGGAAAUUUUGGGGACUUGCUGAUGGUUGGCCUUAACAAAGAUAGAUCUGUGCCAGAAUUUCCUGGGAGGUUUUAAAAGUAUAUGCUUGAGUUAUGUAGAAAAAAGAUCUCUUCUCCUUCAAUACUGUGAGAAUUUGCAUGCAGGGUGGCAGUUUCAAAGGUGCAGAUUUGUACAGGUCAAAAUCAAUGUUUUUUUUUCUUCGUAAUUAUGUAAAGAAAGUAAACUUUUUCCUGACAGUGAUGACCCACGUGUAACAGAACAGUUCAGCCUCUGACAAAUGGAACAUACCGAACAGGAAUAAACAUUUCAUCCUGCAUGAUUAUGCUAAAAAUGUUGAAGUAUUAGUUUCUGUGUAUAUUGUGAUUAAUGUUUUUCCUUAUUUUAAGUUUUGAUUUAAAACAUGAGGUACAUCAUUCUCAUUUGUAACAUGGCUCUAAUUACAAACCCAACCACAAAGUAAUCAUUAGUGGCUGCCUCUGCAAACUUUGGUUGAGUGACUUGCCCAUAUGACAUAAGAAGUCUGUAGAAGAGCCAGGGACAGAACCCAGCCCUGAGUCCCAGGCCAGUGACUUACAUCAUGACAAUCCCAUAGAAUAAAGAGCGUAUGAUCAUAUAAUUAGAUGGUUCACUGCCCAAAAACUUCAUCAGUGUACAGUUAAGAUUGUUUUGGCAGUGCAUUGUACCCUUCCACAACAUGAAAUGCAUCAACACUGAAACCUAUAGAAAUGGAGUAGCUCAUGCCAGUCCAGUCUGCAACCUUAACCGUGACUCUCAGGGCUAGCCAGAACAGCUGAGGAUAGACUGGAGGUGUAUUUCAGCCAGGGCUACAUUAUAAAAGAACACACAGAAUGACAGGGCUUCUCUAGGGCCUAUGACCAGAAUGAUCUAACAGGAAUUCAUGACUUUUGCAAACUUCACCAUCUGUAGCUACAAGCAUGUUUCUUUGACAUGCCUGUGGAUAUAAUAAAAUUCCAAAACAUUCCCGUAAACAAGAGACAAGUUGGUUAAUGCUGCUUAAUGCAUUACUAGAAGAUACUUGGAUACUGUUGUGAUGGCUGCAACACGAGCCUAUAGAGCAGGGGUUCAAACAUAUAGCCUGUGGGCUGGAUCCAGCCCAGUGAGUUGUUUCAUUCACCCUGCAGGGCUCCCAGAGGGGCAGGGAAUUUACGGAUGGGGCCAGUAGGGGCAGAAUCUACCACUGAAGUCCAGCAACAGAGCCCCAGUCAGUCGGUGCAUGUCAACAGUGGAGGGGCGCAAGGAAUAGCUGCAUUACUCCCCAGACUGCUGCCAUUUGCUACGCUGCUGCUGCCAGGUCUGGAUCUGGCCCAGUGGCAACAGUGAUUUUGACACCUCUGUUAUAGAGACCAGGAAGCAGGCCGCUUUGUCCCACAGACCUGGUAUUUCAACUUUUGUCUACAUGCACUUCUGGCUGUGCAUCAUACUUGGUGACAGCUAUAGGGCAGUGCAGCCAUUACAUGCAGCAGGUUCCAACAGUUCAGGCUGCUAGACGAAAGAUGCCUCUGCACCAAAGGGUUUUAUUUCUGCACUGAGCCAUGUGGGUUUUGUAAGUGAGCAACCACAACUAUUUUGCUCUUGCUGCAGAAAUCUGUAGCAGACAUGACAGUGCGUGACAAAAAGGGUGUGUCACAGAAGCAACAGUUAAAGUAAAGAUUAAGGGUUAAUAAAGUACCCCAGUAUUAGCACCUGUUAGGCAGAGCAGGCUAAGUGGCAGAAUUUUUGGCUGGCUGGUAUUCACAAAGCCAGCCCUACAGGUGCCUUUUGCUUUAGUGAGGGGACAUGUUGUACGCAACAGGGCUCUGUCAGUGCCCCAUGCUCUGUUGAAAGACAGACUCGAAUGCUGUCUGCCAGGGACAGGCCAGGGCAAUGCAUAGAGAAGGCAGAGUUAAAGUUGCAAGACAUGGCUCAUCUGAUACAGUUCCCCGUUCUUCGGUGGCUUUAGCACAGGUAUGCCUGACAUCUUGAAGAGUCCAAGGCAGUGCCAAGCUACCUAAACUCUGUGUUAACUCACUCUUGAGGGAGUAAAUUUCCCUUAGUUGUUUGCGGGUGAAAUGGUGAUAGCGACUGAUGGGCACCUCUUAGACAUAAAAAAAUGUUCCCUGGGAACACCAUGCUUCCCAUUAACGACCAAUAGUGCUAUCUAUGUUCCUGGCCCCACCAUGAGGGGCCAUGAGGACAAUAAAGCAAUGUGCAUCUCACUAACCACUAGAUACUGCACCUGAAGGCAGCUAAAGUAAAGGCACUUUCAGAUGUCACAUGGCAUUUUUAGGGGCUAAGUGCAGAACAGAUUCUGUACAACCUGUAAGAGCAGGAACCCACAAGUACGAAGUGGCCCAUUCAUCUUAAUGGGUUUUAUUUUAAAAGAUCAGAACACUACUUUACAGAUAAGAGUUGUAGGCUUGGAAGGGAUCUCAAGGGUCACCUAGUCCAACCUGCUGCAUAAAUGCUGGAUGCACUGUUCCUGUAGAUGAAUACAGCCUGACACAAUAGCUCUGACACAUAUGAACUGACCCAUUCAUCUCAGCAGAUGCUCUUUCUCCCUGGCUGCCAAAGCCUAUUCCAGCUCUGUUGUGGAAUAGUAAUUUUCAAGACAAUCUAGCAAUACACCUAGUUUAGAGCAAUUUAAAAUCAGCUCCUGAGGCAAGAAGUUGCAAAAAGGCUCCACCUUCGCACUUGAGUACUCUUGCUCCUUUUGUAGCAUUCCAGUAUUCCAAAUAACCUCACUCCGCACAAGGAAUUUACAGCACUUUGAAAAUUAAAAAUAAACUCUAAGUAAGAAGAAAUUUGAUAUCAGGAAGCUUUUGACCAAAUGAUCCCAAGCUCAUACCUCUACUUAUUGCAGAGCUAACACAGUUCAAGUUACAUCCAAUUUCCAUUUUACUAGGCAAGGGGUCUUCAAAUAUACCAUCUCUUGAAUUAGCCUUUCACUUUAAGAUAUUUACUGUAGUUCGUGCAUACCUUGGAUUUUUUGUAAGUUUUUGGGAAGGCCAUUUGAGUUGCUAAGACCAUUUGCUGUGUGACUAAAACUUAUGUAGUGUAAGAGUUAUGCUGUAGCCGUUAUGUUUCAGAAAUUAUGCAAGAGGCAAGGAUUUCUUAGGGUGGUAUCUUUUAUUGGACCAACUAUGUAAACAUAGGUCCAAUAAAUUAUAUCACCCUAAGAAAGCCUUGCCUCUUGCAUAAACUUCUGUAGCAUCUGACAUUACUUUCAGAGCUUUUUCACAGAAACUACUACAGCACUUUGAGGUGAAACUGCUGUGUGAGACCCCUUGGUUUGUGUAAGAUGGACAGAUUUUGUUACAGAAAUGUAUUUUGCAUUUAUUUUCUAUGAUAAAGUUGCUGAGAUAGUAUCCUGGCACUACCACAGGUAAUGUUAACAUUAUGUUAGUCCUUUGAAUAUGGCUGUUUUAUUAAUACAUUUACUUGAUGCUUAGUAACUGCUUUGAUCAGGCUGAUGAGAACAGCAGCUAUUUACUUCCUUGAUCAUGUGCGGUCUUUAUUCAGGAAAUGGGAGAGAAGUGUGUGUCAUUAUACUCCCAUAACACUUCUGCUAAUGUUCUCUCUCAAACGUUGUUCCCAAGGAAAAAACUUCCAGAAGGAGCCCCUUCAAAAUGCCGGUACAUGGUUGUGGUGGGUGUGACAGCUACCACAUAUUUUGAUCUAUCCAGCUACUUUGAUGGUAGAGCAUUUGUACAUACUAGGGCUGUGCGAAAUUUCACCGGGUGUUUCGUUUAGAUGUUUUGAUGCAUUCUGAGCUCGAAACAGCGAAAUCAAAACAAAACAAAAGCCUUCGAAAUAGCUUCAAAACGAAACAAGGGCACUCGAAAUGUUUUGAAAUGGUUUGAGUUUUGAAGCCAGGCUUACC